UCUGGCGAGAGGAGCCUCCAGUGCGUCCUCCUGUAGGAGGCAGUGAUUCUGCACAUCCAACACAUCCUGCUCCAGAAGCGUCACGCCCAUCACCCCAGCACAGUGCAGCACACACAGGAGCAGCAUCAGCCCGCUCAGCACACACAGCUCCCAUCCUCCACUUUCCAGCAGGGAUCCUCAGCCAUGGGCAACGUUCAGCCAACCAUUGUUCCAUUUGAAGACUUUGAUGUUACAGCUGACAUAAAAGACAUUCGGAAAGCUUGCAAAGGUUUAGGCACAGAUGAGGAUAUCAUUAUCCAAAUCCUGGCCAAUCGCUCUGCAGAUCAGCGUGUUCAAAUCAAACAAGCUUACUUUGAAAAGUAUGAUGAUGAGCUGGAGGAAGUCCUGAAGAAAGAGCUGUCAGGAAGUUUUGAGAAUGCCAUUGUGGCUAUGUUGGACACACCUCACGCUUUCUUUGCCAAGGAGCUCAGAAAGGCCAUGAAGGGGGCAGGAACAGACGAAGCUGUGCUGGUCGAGAUCUUGUGCACCGCCACAAACCAGGACAUCAUGAGCUACAAAGAGGCAUAUUUGCAGGUGCAUGAACACGACCUGGAGGCAGAUGUGGAGGACGACACCAGCGGAGAUGUCAGGAACCUGCUGAUCUCGCUCCUGCAGGCGAGCAGGGAUGAGGGCUACGAGGUGGACGAGGGCUUGGCUGAACAAGAUGCCAUGUCUUUGUUUGAGGCAGGAGAGGGCCGGUUUGGGACAGACGAGUCCACUUUCACCUACAUCCUCACGCACAGGAAUUACCUGCAGCUUCAGGCCACCUUUAAGGUCUACGAGUCUCUUUCAGGAACCGACAUUUUGGACACCAUUGACUCUGAAGCCACCGGGACUCUGAAGGACUGCUACACUACUCUUGUCAGGUGUGCUAAGAACCCCCAGCUGUAUUUUGCUCGCCGCCUUAACGCUGCGAUGAAGGGACUUGGGACAGAUGAGGACACGCUUGUUCGGAUCAUCGUGGGCCGCUCUGAGAUCGACCUGGACACAGUGAAGGACAUGUACCUGGAGAAGUACGAUGUGACUUUGAAAGACGCUCUGGACUCUGAGUGUAGCGGAGACUUUAAGCGGCUGCUGAUUGAGAUCCUCCACUGAGACGAUGUCCUCAAACCCAACACGUUUCCUCCCCUUCACUCUUCAUCGUUCUCUCUGUCUCCUCCUAACCCUCAGCUCGCCUUGCAGUACAGACCAAAAACCAACUCUGUCACGUAAACCUCAGUGUCGUCGUUUUUAAAUACACUCCUCUUCGCGUCAAGAUGACGUCACUAAAACACAUUUUAGGGCCUGAUGAUGCUGAAUCUUCACCUUUAGGGUAGAUUUCAUCAGAUCCAGUGAAGACGUUCAGUUGGGUUCCCCUGCAACACCAAAGUGCAGAAUCAUCAUCUUGAAUCGUUCAUAACUUUAUUUAUUUAGUAAACAUGACAGUUUUGAGACAUUUUAUAUAAUAACUUUAAGGGUCUGAUUCUGAUUCUGAUGUUUAUUAGUUCACAAGCUGCCUUGAUCUGUUUUAUUGUGUUUCAGCAGUAGAUACACUCAUUUAGUUUGUAAAGGCAAGAUCUAAAAAGAUCAGUAAUCUCCCUGAAGUGCAUCUAAGAGUGGAAACAGGUUUGAACGAUGUGACUGAGAUAUUUAGUUAGUAAAACACGUGUAACUGUAUGCUGCUGCUAUAUUUCAAAAUUAAUAUAAAUGAAGUACUAUUUAACUUUGACCACAAA